AAGGCAGUAUGACAGACAAACAUGUUCUCUUUGACAGGAAGCAAACUAACAAAGGUAUCAAUGGAGAUAAGAGCAUCAUCAAAAUUGUUCAUUCCCAUGGAAAUGAAACUAUUGAUGUAGCAGAGAAAUGUCAUCCUGGUUUACACACUCCAGUUCCAGCCGGCUUUUACCUCAAUGAUGUGUGGACGUCCUUUGUCUGUAGCACCCGACAUUUUACAACCCAAACGACAACAGAGUGCCUGAAAGACAAACACAUUUACAUGAUGGGAGACUCUACCAUGAGACAGUGGUUUGAUUUCUUUGUGAAAGUAGUACCAACCCUGAAACAGAUGAACCUGCAUGUCCAAUAUCAGUCAGGGCCGCUCCUAGCAGUGGAUGUGAAGAACAACAUUGACUUACACUGGAGGGCUCACGGCAUUCCUCUGCGCAGUCGAAAAUCAGCAGUUGCUAAUCUGCACUACAUCAGUAAUGAGAUCGAUGACCUGGCUGGAGGAUCCCACACGGUCAUUAUGUUCCAUAUGGGGCCCCAUUUCACCACGUACCCUCUGGAUUUCUACACCCAUAGAGUGUUGAGGAUCCGCAAAGCUGUUCUAGCAUUGUUACAGCGGGCGCCUGACACUACCGUUAUAAUCAAGACUGUCAACACUGGUUAUAAGGAUAUUUUCGGGAGUGAUUGGUAUUCUCUACAGUUGGACAGAAUUCUGCAUGAUAAUAAAAAACUCUGUUAA